UUUCAUUAAAACCCCCAAUUUCCAUCCAAUUUUCUAGGGUUUUGCAAUUUGAGCUGCAACAGAACUUCGACAGUCACUGAAUUGCAUUCUCGCUUCAUUCCAAGUUUCCGCCAUGAGCAGAUCAGGACAGCCGCCGGAUCUCAAGAAGUACAUGGAUAAGAAGCUGCAGAUCAAGCUUAAUGCCAACCGUAUGGUAGUUGGAACCCUUCGUGGCUUCGAUCAGUUUAUGAACCUGGUGGUGGACAAUACCGUUGAAGUGAAUGGAAAUGAAAAAACUGAUAUUGGCAUGGUGGUCAUCAGGGGAAACAGUGUGGUUACCGUUGAAGCUCUUGAGCCAGUCGCUAGAGCACAAUGAUUGUACAUGUCUAUGCAUCUGCGCCUUCUAGUUUAGCGUUGCAUCUGUAUUUUUUCCCUCAUGUUAUGUGGUGACGGGUUAUAUGAAUUCGGCAGUUUUAGAUUGAUAAACAUUACCUCAUCUGUGCCCA